AUGCUUCACUUAGUGAGCAUCCUCCUCCUCGUCCUCAAACUGCGAAAGUCCAAGAGCUGCGUGGGUAUAUCGUGCAAGAUGCAGGAGAUGUACGCCAUGGUCUUCAUUUUCCGAUACGUGGACCUCUUCUGGCUGUACGUCAGCCUAUAUAAUACUGUCAUGAAGGUAGUUUUCAUCACACUCACAUUGUAUCUGGUUUACACUAUGAAAUUCAAGAGCGGCCCUGUGAGGCAAACCUACGAUGCCACCGCUGAUAACUUCAACUACGUCAGGUGGCUAUUACCGCCGUGUUUCGUCCUCACCCUCAUCACCACUGCUGACUACUCUAUCGUUGAGGUACUAUGGACGAUGUCGAUUUGGAUGGAGUCUGUCGCCAUUUUGCCGCAGUUGUCGCUCCUGCAGCGUCAGAGAGAGGUGGAAAACUUGACGAGCAAUUUUGUGUUCGCCAUGGGAGCCUACAGGGGCUUCUAUAUAAUAAAUUGGAUUUACCGUUAUUUCGCGGAAGGUUACGUGAACUGGGUCGGGUGGAUAGGCGGUGGCAUUCAAGUGGCUUUGUACUGUGACUUUUUCUAUUACUUUGCGAUGAGUAAAUGGUACGGUCAGAAGCUGAUCUUGCCUAUGGCGGAGUAA